AUGGUUAAUUCGUUAGUGUGGUCACCCGAGGAGGCCAAGUACCUCAAGGCGAUAUUUCAUUGGCAAGAAGCGGAGCCCUCUCUUGAGGAGGAACGAAGACGCCGACAGGCCGAGGAGGACGAGCGGAAGCGACAGGAAGAACGAAAACCGGCGGGCGAGUUCCGAGUGCUCGUGAUCGGUGGCCGAGGCACAGGCAAGACGGCUAUCCUAACAAGAUCGAUCCAGUUCGGCGAAGGGACCUUUCACGGCGAAACCCUGCCCCCCGACCCUUUCUACGAGGGAGGCUGCCGCCACCCCAUCACGCUGGAGAUUGAGACACCUGCCCUGCCCACCUCGGCCACAGCUCACGCACUCACCAGCUCGACCACGGCUACAAACCCGACCCCUAGAGGCACUACCAUAAAAUCCCAUCCCCACCCCCACAUCAACAGCCCCCAACCCACCCGACUGUAUAAACAACCCCCCCAUAGCCACAAUCACAACCAGCAACAACAUCAACAACAACCCCCCAAAACCCACUCCCAAACCUACCUAAUCGACGCCCUCGAAAUGCCCACCGCCCACUUGCCCAGCAACCCGCUCCUUGCGCAAGCCCUCUCCAUCACCGAGGCCGCCGUGCUGGUCUACUCGGUGCGCGACCCGGCCUCGCUGCAGCUGGCGCGCGGCCUGGCCGAGUUUAUGCGCGAGCAUUUCGCGCCGGCGACUCCGUCUUCCUCUUCUGCUGCUUCCGAGGCGGUGGCUUCGCCGGGUGGUGGUGGUGGUCGUCGUGGGGGUGCUGGGUCGCGUGCUGGGGGUGGUGGGAUUGAUCGCGGGCGGGCGUAUCCGAUUGUGUUGGGUGGGGAAUAA